AUGCAGAUUCGUGUGGUCCAGAUCUGGGGUUUCCUGAUCACCGCUUUGGGCUGGAUCUUUGUUGCCUGCACAAUGGCCAUGGAGGGCUGGAAGAUCUGCGCCACAGGGGGCAUGGGGGGCUCCUCAGUCAUCAAGGUGGCCUGGUACUGGUCCAACCUGUGGAAAUCCUGUGUUACAGACUCAAGUAAUAUCAGUAACUGUUACGACUACCCUGUGCUCUGGUCUGUGGAGGGUUACAUCCAGAUAGUGCGAGGCCUGCUGAUGACAGCCCUUUCCCUCGGCAUGCUGGGGUUUGUGCUUGGUCUGAUGGGUAUGGAGUGCACCUUCAUUGGGGGAAAAGACCGGUCAAAGUACAAGAAGAUCUACGCCAGUGGCUGGUGCCACAUAAUCAGCGGUUUGCUGUCCACAUGUGGGUAUGCUGUUUAUGCACAUUUUGUUUCAUUAGAAUACUUCAACAUUGAUGGACUAAAAUAUGACAUCGGCACCCCGUUGUUCCUCGGCUGGGUUGGCUCGGCCAUUCACAUGACUGGUGGUUUCUUCUAUGUGUGGUCAGUGUGUAUGCUGCUCUUCGGAGAAGAGGCAACGGAAAUAAAGGUCCAGCCACUACCAGACCCUGAGCAAAACAAGUCCACCACAGCUCUGUCCACAGGGUCCAAGAUCACAUUCAAGACCAAAGUGGCCUCAGAGUCCGAUUUUCCCCCAAAGUCUAAGCACUCCGACCUGUCCAGCAUUUCCUCAAGUUUAGAACGCACAUCCAAAUCUGGACGCACAUCCAAGUCAGGGCAGUCAUCCCAGACUGGGCAAACCACUGGUUCUGCAAUGGGGAGGCUCUCUAUUUACCAGACUGAAGAGAUGUGUAGGACACUGGCUCAGAUCCUGGGCCUGCUGCUCUGCAUAGUGGGCUGGGGUUUUGUGGGCUGCACCCUUGCUAUGGACCACUGGAGGGUGGCCCAGCUGGGGGGUCGAAGGGGCUCCUCUGGAGUGGUGACAGCUUGGUACUGGUCUGACCUGUGGAGGGACUGCUAUGAAGACUCCACAGCUCUGGUGAACUGUGUAGACUUCCGAGUGCUGUGGACGGUCAAAAGUGGGUACAUUUAG